AUGACCACCACACCGGAUCGUCGGAAACGACUGCGCGAUGAUGACGAUGCCGAACAUGUCGCGCAGCUCACCGGUCGCGAUGAAAAGAAAUCUCGCCCUACUACCGAUCCUACCACGGAUGAUUUCUGGUGUCAUUACGACUCCGUCUUGAGCACUCCCAUCUCACACACUCGCGAACAAGCCAAAUAUGACAGCGAUGAUGAACUUUCUUCGCUGGUCUCCGAACCUGGCAGUCCGCAAGACUUCUCCAUGGUCUCCGAUGACGAAGCCAUGGUUGGUGACUUUGAUGAAUCGCCCCCAGAACCAAGCUCGGCUAAGCAACAGCAACAGCAGCAACGAAUGCGACGUAUCGCGACUCCCAUGAUCAUCCCUCCGCCGUCUCCUGCUCGUCCUCGACAAUUUGUCACCGGCGCCAAGCAACAUUUUCGCCAACGCCAUCAGCCGAGGGAGUACGUCAACGCUUCCACGCAUGACUUUCUCGAUGUCCCCUCGCCCAUAGAUGAGAAUGAUGUCCCGACACCUCCUCCUUGUCCUGCCGAGACUGCCGAAUCACAGCUAUCCAUGCUUUCCGUCACCGACGUCGACAUGGAUGCCGAUGAGAGUCUACCCAGCAUCUCCGUCGCCAGUGUUCGCAGCACACAUGACUAUGAUGACGCCGCCGCGUCACCUCAACAUGCCGAUGAAAUGACCGAUGACUUUGAGUCGGCCAUUGACUUUGAGCCGAUGGACCACAGCCCUCACGAGUUGAUUGUGCGCAAGCAACGGCAACGUAGUGGCGCCCUGAGCGGAGCGGACUCUCCAGCACGAGCGGGCCCAAGCAGCACGACUAGUAAACGUGGUUUCAGCAUGGGUUUCCGAGCCGACUGUGAAAAAUGUCGUCUGCAGGUGCCGGGCCAUAUGAAUCAUUUCCUUUCAUGA